GCGUCACCGUAUAUAGCUCUGCGUUUAUGUUUGAUCUCAGCAAUAGCGAAGAAGUGAAUGCUUGGAGAGUACUUUAUAAAAUAGAAGACGAUGAAAGAAUAACUAUUGCACAAUAUCUUGAUGGAGGACCAUUCAAUUUAAAUCAGUGUGUUAAUGACAACUAUCCCGAGUAUGAACUCCCUGGAGGCUACCUUCAUUCAUUUUGCUUAACAGAACAUUAUUUCGUUAUACCAACAAGUACGUUUAUAUUGGAUGUUUGCAAGACCUUCGUAACUGAACCAGACGAUCCAAUCAUGCCAUUCUUCCUAUACAAUUAUAAUUUCACAACGGAUCUACCAACUCGAUUUGUUGUGAUUAGUAGAGACACCAAUGAAGUCGUUGGAGAGUUUUCAACACCAGAGGGAUUGUUUAUUACCCACCAGGUACAUACAUUACUCUUACCAAUGAAAACCCCACUGUCUGGUGUGAGUUCUGGCGAAUCGAGAACUGUUGUAGAACGUUUUGUAGUCAAUAUGUCAGACUGGACUCUUAUUGAAAGAAUUGAUCUGUACCCAUCAGGCUAUCAAAUGGUUGAGUUUUCUACAAUAAACUAUGAUUUAUAUAAUGCCAAACCGUACAGAUAUGCAUAUAUGGUAGGAUUUGACCCAGUGCCGAACUCUCUAAUCAAG